AUGGUAGGACAUACGCAAAAUACAUUGGCACUUAUUGAAUUAUCGAUAACAGCAUCUUCAUCAUCAUCAUCAUCGAGUCGAAUGAGAACAGUUACUCAUCAUGAAUAUUUUGAACCAUAUCCGACUGUUAAAAGUUGGCUGAAAAGUCAAAUAAAUAAUCCUAAACAACGAAUCAAGAAUUAUUUUGUCUCCUAUAUACCAUUUAUCAAUUGGAUUUAUCGAUACAAUUUAACAUGGUUUUGGGGUGACCUUAUUGCUGGUUUGACUGUUGGUGCUAUUGUGAUACCACAAAGUAUGGCCUAUGCUGGAUUGGCUAAAUUAGAACCACAAUUUGUUAUGUCAGCAUUAACAGGUAGUGUAGUAGAAGCUGUACAUAAAGAAUAUCCAGAAUAUGAAUUACAUACCAUCGCAUCGGCUUUAUCGCUCAUUGCUGGUUGUAUUGUUUUUGCUCUUGGCAUGUUUCGUCUUGGUUUUAUAGUUGAUUUCAUUCCUCUACCAGCAUUAGCAGCAUUUAUGACUGGAUCAGCAUUAAAUAUUGCCAUGGGACAAAUACCAACAUUAAUGGGUAAUAAUAAAUAUUUGGAUACACGGGAAUCGACCUAUUUAGUUUUUUAUAAUUUUUGGAAACAAAUUUCACAUUGUAAUUUAAAUGCUGCACUCGGUUUAACAUCACUCUUUCUACUUUAUUUAAUUCGUUUUAUUUGUCUUCGUGCAAGUAAACGUUUUCCGACAAAAGAAAAAUUAUUUUUUUUUAUUAGUACAUUGCGUGCUGUAUUUGUUAUUCUUCUCUAUCUUCUUAUUUCAUGGUUAAUCAAUCGAAAUGAUCCGAAAAAUCCACGGACAACUUUACUUGGCACAAUUCCACGUGGGUUUCAAAAUAUGGGCAUACCAUAUAUUGACCGGUCAUUAUUGAGUGCUUUUACAUCAUACCUACCAUCGACAGUUAUUGUUCUUCUCAUUGAACAUGUUGCUAUAGCUAAAUCAGUUGGUCGAAUGAANAAAAUGUCAACUCGAAGAAAAUAA